AUGACAAAUAUUUUAUUUCAUAAGAGAGUAACAUCGGUUCUGAGAAAUUGCAAAAUUAACGGCUCAAUACCCAAAUACAUUCGCAAUUGGUCACAGUUAAGAUAUCUAGAUUUGAGCUUCAACAACUUAAGUGGUAGCGUUCCAGAAACAUUUCAGAGACUGAAUAAGUUAUUUUUAACGAACAACACGCUCAGUGGGCUUCCUAACUGGACCAAUAACUCGAUGACAAAUGUCUAUCCUACAGCGGAUCUUUCGUACAAUAACUUCAACGUGACAUGUGAAAAUAUAAAAUGCUUGGGAUUGCAGAAUGUAAACAUGUAAGGGAUGGACCAAACUCCUAUCCAUUUUGUUUUCUUUUUGAAAAAUCUAUUGACUUUCAUAUAUAAAUCACUACUGAAUAUUUCUCAUUGAUAUUUAUUUCCUUGGUUUAAUUUCAUGAUCUUGGUGCUUUUCAGUCACCCGACUAGGUAUGUGGUACCAUAAUUUUCUGCAAUAAGAGUGAUGUUCUUGAAGCA